GCGCUUCCGCCCGCGAUCAGCUGACUGCCGCGAGGAAGCGGCCGCGGCUGAGCCUUCCACAGAGGCGGUGAAUGAAAGGCACUUCCAAAGCACGUCCUCACUGCCUGCCCUAAGCCCUGCAGCUAGCUAGCCCGCCCCGCACCCUCCCCGCUUGCAGCUGGCGUGGUGGCAGCGAUGGCAGGGGCCGUGGUAAACGGAGCGCAAGUAUCUUUUAUUGGCCAAGACUGUGAAGAAAUUCCCGAAUUUAUAGGAAGAAAAUAUGGGCAUAUGGCAAAAAGACUAGACCUUAGUUUCAACUUGCUAAGAUCCCAAAAACAUUUUGCAUGGAGGUGCCAAAUCCCUUCGGAAAUUUUGAAUGGAAGUGCGGAUACUUUUGAAUUGUCACUAGAAGGACUGAAAACAUUCAGUUGCCUGGAAGAGCUGAUCUUGGACAACAAUCUCCUCGGAAAUGACCUUCUGUUACCCAGGUUACCCCACCUCCAUACCUUAACACUCAACAAGAACCAAAUAUCAGAAUUGGAAGGCCUAUUGGAUCAUUUGGCUGAAGUUGUGCCUGCCCUGCAGUACCUUAGUUUGCUGGGAAACAUGGCAUGCCCAAAUGAACUGGUCAGCAAGGAGAAGGAUGAGGGUGACUACCAGAGGUACAGGUAUUUUGUUCUACACAAAUUAACCAACCUGAAAUUCCUUGAUACUCGGAAAGUAACCAGAACUGAGCGUGAGGAAGCCUUGGUAAGAGGUGCCUUUAUGAAAGUGGUUAAACCCAUGGAUGCUCAGGUCCCCAGUGGUGCUGCUUCCAUCUCUCCAGAGUUGCACUAUACUCCUCUGCCUUCAGGAUCCAGGGACCUCACUAAUCACAGAGGUGUUCUAGGAAAAUGUCGCUACGUUUACUAUGGGAAGCAUUCAGAAGGCAACAGAUUCAUCCGAGAUGACCAGCUCUAAAAUGCAACACCAUUCUGUGCCACUUCAAACUAUCCACACUAAUGCACACAAAAAGCACAAAUUGCAUCUGCAUUUUAAGCAUGCAACUAAAGUCCUCCAGUACCUUCUGCUGACUUUGCCAAGCCUGUCAAGAUCAUCCUUCUGUCUUAGUCUGAGUAGUCACAUAGAGAUUGACAUGAUUGCCUUUAAGCAGGUCCCAUCCACCAGUGUGACAGACAGCUGCAGCCAAGCACCAGGCCUGACAGGAUGAACACCAUGAUGGAUUGCCUGGUCCAAUUGCUGCUCACAGAAGAGCAAAGGUCACACCUGGGGCUUCACUGAGCAUGCUCAGUUGGUUUUUAGCAAGAGUAAUGCUUUUAUCUAAAGCUCGCCUGUUGAGUGACAGAAGCUGGCAGUAUCAAUAUGUUUAUAAAAGCAAUAGCUGUAAUUUAAGAGUAAAAAACCCCUUAUCUGUUCAUAUUUCCCCCCAUGAAUUAAAUACUUAAAUUUCUUAGGCAUGCACACAAUCCUCUUCAAGCUUUAUAUCAGAAUUAAAAGUUUGUGGGGGGUGUAUGCAGUCAGUCAUGUCAUAUUUAAAUAUUUCUCAAAAUGCAAAACCCUGUGAAUUUGUAUUUUUUUUGUUUAAGAAGAAGUAUCUAAGCAAUUUUACAGAUGCAGCUGAACCUAGGCAUCUGUCUUUUGAUUAGAAUCUCAAGAUUUACUAAAUCUUAACAUUCAGAAAAGGAGGUCAUAUUUAAUGCUGCAGAACAGUAACACAGAGGACCCCCUGUUUAACUGCAUUUCUUUGCAAAAAAAAUACAGGAGUGGCUGUUUGUAUUUCACAUUUUUUUUUUUUUUUAAAUUUGGGCAGAGAUUAAAUUUAGAUACGUAUUGAACUGUGGGGAGGUGGAGGGGAUGGUUUGAAGGGGCAAGGGGAAAGCCCUAAAAAUAAAAACCAUUACUGAGCUUGGAUGACAUUUAGAGGGGAGGGAAAGGUAAAAUUGAGUGAAUUAUGAAUCCUAUAUUAAUGUACAUUCAAAUGACAUAAACAUGGCUCCCGUCAAGUUUUUGAUAACUAAUACAAAUAUCCUUAGCUUGUUGCAAGCUUUUAUAAAUGGAGUGGAUAUAUUUGGAGCAACAAUUCCUUUUGUUAUUGUGAAUCAAGUUGCCAGACCUAAUAAUAUAAUGUACCAACAGCGAUUAUGAAGAGCAUUGUGAGCAAUGUACAAAUUGUGAGGAAGUACAUUGUGGCCCCUUGUAGCUGCUCCUCUUGUACUGUCUUAGUCUUGGCUAAUUUGCUUUUGUGCAUAGUAAAUCAAAUUUUGAUUAAAAGCCUUUAGAAAUAUGAGAGAGAGGUAUUUAGGGAUGUUGCUUCUUAUGUAAAAUAAUAUGAAAAAUCAGGAUGCCUGCUUUCUAAAUUGGUUACCAAAAUAACAGCACGAUGCUAUCCUAGCUAAUUUAUAUCACGGUGUCUAUUUUGAAGUACCAGCACAUUUUGGCCAUGGCAUAUUACAAUCAGCAGGAUUCAAAGCAGGGGUGUUUGGAAUAACCUAAUAUCACAUUCAGUCUAGUUGCAUAUGUGUUCUUGUCUUUAUAAAAGGCUUAACCCUGCCUCAAACAAUAAAAAGCACUUGCAAACUGA